AUGUCUAUGUGUGCAGAGUCGUUGACUGGAUACAUCAUCAUCAUCAUCAUCAUCAUCAUCAUCAUUGCCGUUCUUCUGGUGCUGUGUGUCGUCGGAAUUGCAGUGUAUUGUGUGCUACGUAAAAAAGCAGGAACUCAGUCAGAAACUGAACCUCUGAAUAAAAUCCGUGUGGAGAAUCAGGAUCAGACUGACGCUCCAUCUACAGAUAUAAAUCAAACACCUGAGCAAAGUGCAAAAAUACCACCAACAGCUCCACCUACAGAGACUGAACCCGCUGCCUCCACCACAAAUCCCGAACCCGCUGCCUCCACCACAAAUCCCGAACCCGCUGCCUCCACCACAAAUCCCGAACCCGCUGCCUCCACCACAAAUCCCGCACCCGCUGCCUCCACCACAAAUCCCGCACCCGCUGCCUCCACCACAAAUCCCGCACCCGCUGCCUCCACCACAAAUCCCGAACCCGCUGCCUCCACCACAAAUCCCGAACCCGCUGCCUCCACCACAAAUACCACAGGAGGAUCCGACUGA